GUGAUAUGUUGUGGAUGCCGUUGAAUUGGAGCAUUCUUUUUGUCAGUGUGGUGGUGGCAGAGUCAAGAAAAAGCAGACCAAAUCAUGACAUAUUGUUGGACAUCAAGAAACAAAAACUACUUUCACUCAUAAAUGAGCUACGGAACAGCUACACAUCACGAGACAACUCAAAUGAGGAACAAAAUUGGCAGGAAUACAAAGUCACAAUGGACCCUACAGAUUCAACACCUCAAUCGUUUCUGGACGAACUUUUUCCAAAGUGCAAGAAUUUCAGUAUGUGGUGUGCGUUUAAGCAGUUAUUUCCUGGAGAAAAUUUUACAGAUGUUGAAUAUGGGGAUGUGAAAGAGGAAGCCCGAGAGAUCCUUGAAUCCGAGAGUAGAAAAAGAACAGACGAUCUUUCAUCUUGGGGAAAGUAUACCUGCAGCUGGAGAAUUGGUUGUCUGGUCGUCUGCCUACUAAUAACUUUAAAGAGAGAUUAUCUAUGGAAGAGGAAAUUAGAGAGUGUUUCCAGGAUUGAUGCCUCAGUACAGUGCUGUAUCAUGUCGGACUGGCCCGAGGAAAAUUCAUAUGUACCUUAUUUCGCUCCGCUUCGAGAGGAUGACUUGGAAAUCGACGCCUCUGGAAGAAAAUGUUCGAAUUUUUACAGCCUUUCCGGAAUCAAAGAUAAGAAAUAUGAACUCAUCCGGAAAUUAUCCAAGCAUUUAGCCGUGGGAGAAGCAAUACAACGCGUAGGGAUAUUUUUGGGAUUAACAGCUACCGAUAUCUGCAUCAUUAGGCAAGAUUACAAAGGAGAUUCGAAAGAAAUCGCAUAUCGGUGCCUGAAAAAAUGGACGGAAGUACGACCCAGCGAGGGACGGAAGGAGUUGGAGGAUGCCAUCAUCAAAGCUGGAUUGGGUGGUAUUCUUCACAGAAUUAUAUAAUGAAACAUUUUUGAAAAAAGGGGAAGGAAUGACGUUUUAAAAUCCUUAAUGUGCAUGGCUUACAGACUUUUUGUGUGACUGACUCCA